GAUGAUUUUCUUGUUAAGCAAAAACAGCUGGGCAUGACGUACAAGGAGAUCCGGCGCAUGGGCGGGUUCACCGAGGCCGAGUCGACGCUGCGGGGGCGGUACAGGACGCUGACCAAGUGCCGCGAGGCGAGGGUGCGCAAGCCCGAGUGGUCUGAGAUGGAUCUCCGCCUCCUAGAACGCGCAGUCCGCACCCUGACCCUGACCCCGGAUAACCCGACCAACACCUCCAAGGUCCCCUGGAAGAAGGUGGCCGAGUACAUUGUCGCGCACGGCGGGUCGUACCACUUUGGCAACUCGACCUGCCGCAAGCGGUGGGACGAUUUGGUGCGAGAGAUGGCGGCGGUGCGGGGGAAGAGCGCGCGGGAAUGGUUUUUUGAGGAUCAUGAGAUGUAUGAGCAUGAGCAUGAGCUUGGGGGUGAUGCAGGUUUAAAGGGGGGUUAUGCUGGGUUUCGGUUAGGACGUUGAGUGAGGUGCAUUGUGUCGUGGGUGGGAUGGGUGUUGGUUUUGUGGGUACAGGUAGGUACCUAGUUUGGAUGGUGUGGGGAUCGGAGUUUGUUUCGUACAUAUCUGAGGUCAAUAGGGGGAGGCGCCGACCUAAAUCUUUUGCAGGACAAGGUUUGGAGUUCUGGAAAAUGGGGUGUGGAGUUAAUCGUAACCUCGAGUUGGGAGGAGCACGGGAUAGGACCUGAAUUAGAGUGUGU